GAAACCCGAUAACCCAUUCCCGUAGGGUGUAUUUCACCGUCUAGAUUUGUCACUUUCAAUUUCUCUGUAAAUCCCAAAUGGAAUUCGGGGAAGAUGAAGCCUUACAUCAACACCACAAACGAAGCAAAUCCAUUAAGUAUUCUCAACUUCCAUCAACUUCAGUGCAAGAUUCAUCUAUUCUGCCACCAGAACUCAUCACUGAUAUCCUCUCGAGGCUUCCGGUGAAGUCCCUCUUGCAAUGCAGGUGUGUUUCGAAAUCUUGGCUUUCAUUGAUCUGUAGCCCUGAAUUUAUCAAGACCCAUCUCAGUUUAGCAGCUAAUAACAAAGGACUGUCUUUGCUUGAUGAAUCUGUUGUGGAUUCAUCUGACAUGAAUUAUCCUGUCGAAAACCACUGUGGGCGUUUUUGGACGGUUGGUUCUGUCAAUGGAUUGAUUUGUGUUUCUGGGUUUUCUUCUAGCAUGGUUACAUAUGGUUUUGGAUACGAUGAGAUACAUGAUGAGUAUAAGGUAUUGCGUGUGCGUUCUACUUGUCAACAUCACAAUAAGCAUCAUAACGAGUUCGAAGUAUAUAGUCUAAAGACUGAUUCUUGGAGAAGCAUCCAUUGUCUUAAGAAUGAGUUACUUUUCACGGAGGUGGGUAAGUUUGUGAAUGGAAAGCUUCAUUGGGCUACUUGUGAUGGUCAUUUGCAUGAGGGAUGGAUCAUCAGUUCUAUUGAUUUGUCUUGUGAGGAAUGGGGAGUGGUGGAGCUGCCCUGCUAUGGAGAAGGAAAUGGUGUUUUCUCGCUUGGAGUGUAUGGAAGUAAUCUUUCUAUGGUUUGCACUGAUCCGAGAACUCACGUAGAUGUGUGGGUUAUGAAAGAGUAUGGUAUUAAAAAAUCUUGGACAAAGAUGUUUACCAUCAAGUAUCCUCCAUAUGAACACCGUUUGGGUUAUCUGUUUUCUCCAUCCUUUUGCUUGUCAAAUACAGGUGAAAUUUUGGUUAUAUUUGGAUCAGUUUUCAUGAUAUACAAUCCAAAGGAUGACUCGACAAGAUAUCCAAAGUCUGUGGAUGUUGGUGAUGGUAAUUUUGGUGUUGAAGCAGAAAUUUACUUUGAAAGUCUAGUUUGCCCCCUCUUACAAAACGAACUAAGGACACGACAGGGAUGAAUGCUGCAAAACUUUUGACGAGCUCAAUUGUGUAAGAAGUUACUGUAACAUUGACAUUAGCAUAAUAUGAUUUAGUGAGGAGAAAACAUCUGAGGAAAUAUUUAGCUGCUAUGAUCAUGAUAUAUAGUAGAUUGCUGAUACCUGUGAACAGGGUAAUCUAGGAGAAAUAGAUUUGGGUAUGAAGCUUUAUAUACUGGGAUCCUGUCUAGUAUUUAUAUAAAGUUGCAAAAUUUUGACAUUUUGUCAUUUCAAACAGGAAGGUUCCUACUAUAAUGAAUUCUCUUAUCUUAUUUUCUUAAUAAUACAGUUAAUUUAUAUCAGAGUUGAACUUUUCAAGAUUCUUCAUAAAUUCUGAUUGAUCUUCCAUAAUAAUAAUAGUUCAAAAAGAAAUAGGUGCUAUGAUUAGGUUGUGUAUCAUGAAGUGAAAGAUGAAAAGGCUUGUCAAAUAAACUCUA